CCGAUUCCUGCUUCCUGUUGUUCUUGUCUGCUUCACACGUGGCUCUUCCCAGUCUUCACCUCACUCCUCGCGCGGCUAACUACCUACACCAGCGCGACCCCGCGAAUACGGCCGAGCCUUCCCCCCCCUGUCUGUACUCUUGCGGAGCUAUAGCCUCGUUAUCGCUUAUCGGCUUCCGACUCUGACAACUUUCUGUCUCACCUGCCCAGUCGCCAGCACAAAAGUCGCGUGUCGUCUCUGCGCGAGUGGGAUAGUCUGCACGCGACCACACACCACAAUGGCGACUUCACAGCAGCCCAUCGACGGCAACGGCGCGGCGGUGCGCCCCACACACGACGAGGAAGAGGCGGAGAACAUCUUCCUGUUCGUUCCCAACUUGAUCGGCUACGGCCGCGUCUUCCUCGCCCUCACCUCGCUCUACUACAUGCCCCUCCACCCGCGCACCUGCACAGCGCUCUACAGCAUAUCAUGCCUCCUUGACGCGCUCGACGGCUACGCAGCCCGCGUGUACGAGCAGAGCACCAAGUUUGGCGCCGUGCUGGAUAUGGUUACCGACCGAUGCACAACCUCGUGCCUGCUUGUAUUCCUUGCCCAGGCCUUCCCCCGCUGGAGCAUCGUCUUCCAGGGCCUGAUCUCGCUGGAUCUCGCCAGCCACUACAUGCACAUGUACGCAACCCUGAGCAUGGGUGGCAGCGCGAAGAGCCACAAGGACGUGUCGGCGAGCCGCAGCUGGAUCCUGAGGCAGUACUACUCCAACAAGUGGGUUCUCUUCACCUUCUGCGCCAUGAACGAAGUCUUCUUCAUCGCGCUGUACUUGCUCUCCUUCUCCUCACCCUACCUGAGCCCCACGCUCUUCGCCGACGCUGCGAACCCCUCUUCGCUCGCACCUGGAACACCUGCUGCGCCGAAGCCCAGCAUGUUCUUCCCGUCGCCGUUCUCUGCGGGAGCUAUGGAGGCUGCACGCGCGAACAAGAUGGAUUCGACCGUGCCCUGGGUCUGCGCGAUCAUCAGCUUUCCCAUCAUGGCUGCGAAGCAAAUCAUCAACGUUAUACAGAUGAGGAAAGCAGCCUUGUGGCUUGCGGAGGGCGACCGAGCGGCAAGGAAGGCUGCAGGUCUGCCCAGGAAGACGUCGAAGAAGACUCAGUAAAACGGGAUGCUUGGGGCUAGACGGCCUACAAGCAGCAGUUCUCAGUCCGCAACACUUGGUUGUGCUCACGAGCACCUACAGCAGCCACAUGAGCUGGCCUCGAUGCAUCCACUCGCUGCACUCGCAGAGAGUGAGGCUCAUCCGCUCUCACUCCACGAACUGGGCAAUGGCACAGCUCCUUACAUCGACCGUCUCUGUUGAUUUCCCUUCUAAAGGCUUCUCGUACCUACUUUCGACAUUUUGGCGGCAUGAUGUUCAUUCUGCUUAGCGAUGUUUUGGUCAUUUCUUUUGUUCGAUAAGAUUAGGGAAGGCGUACAGCCACGAUGAUACUGGGAGCGAAGUGCUUCACAUAUAGUAAUACAAAGCUCAAUACACCAAAUGCACCCUUUUUGCGGGUAUGGACUGUAGAAGUUGAAACCAAAAUGCGAGAAUACAAUAGA